GCCUCCGUCCUUCGACAAUCAGAAGGUACAGCCACAGCUUCUCUUACUAGGGCCACGAGCUUCUCAGUGUGAGUUCCUCUGCUCAGCUCCAUCUAUUCUCCUUCGUUCUGCGACUUCAAAUUAAGGGCUGAAGUAUCAAAAUGCAGAACACUGAAGCGCAUGCUUCCAUGGAAAUUGAGACAACUUCUGAACCCAGAAAUGAAUCUGGGUCCUUGCCGCCUAAGCCAAAGUUUGAGCCUUUGAAGGCUCAUGAGAUGUCUGAUGGCCGUGUCCAGUUCAGGAAGGUUCCAGUUCCACCACAUAGGUAUAAGCCUACACGAAAUAAUUGGGAGGCCAUCUAUGCUCUUGUAUACAAUGAUAUGAAGAUUGAUAUCCGUAUGAAUCUCAAGGCUCGAAGGAUUGAAUUGAAGACCAGGCCAGACACACCCGAUAUUUCCCAUCUACAAAAAUGUGCUGAUUGUCUGCAUGCAUUCAUGUUGGGAUUUGAUUUUGAUGAUGCCAGAUCUCUAGUGAGGAUGGAUGAGAUUUACGUGGACUCAUUUGAAAUUAAGGAUGUUAAGACACUGAGAGGAGAGCACUUGUCUCGUGCCAUAGGAAGACUGUCUGGUAAAGGUGGUAGAACCAAAAAUGCUAUUGAAAAUGCUACAAGGACGAGGAUUGUUAUUGCAGACACCAAAAUUCAUAUAAUGGGUACUUUUUCCAGCAUUAAAGUUGCAAGAGAUUCUCUUUGCAGCCUAAUUUUAGGUUCCCCUGCUGGAAAGGUGUACUCAAAACUAAGACAAGUUAGUGCUAGAUUGGCAGAAAGGUUUUGAUGAAUUGUUUUUUGCAUUGCCUUGAGAUUUUCCUUAACCUAAAGGUUCUAAAUUAAUGUAGGAUUUAGUUGGGGAGCUUUAUUUGGCAUGAAUGUUUAGGGUUAGUCAAUUUUGAUAGAAAUGAUCAUUUGUAAACAGCCCAUUAUCAAGUCAAAUCAUUGCACCAAUAGUUUUGUUUGUAUUCUCAGUUAAUUGGAUUCAAUGG